UGUUUAAAUAAAUAAAAUAAUAAAAUUUGUCCUACUUGGUUUUUUUUAACAAAAUAAAACUGUUUUGUAAGGUGAUAUCCCUAAAGGUGGAGGCUAAGCAAGGAAAAUUAAUAUUGUGCUAUGGUGACCUAAAUACCAGUGUCAGCAAAAUUUAGUAAGAAUCUUUGUGUUUUGAUUAGAGCAGUCUAAUGAACUUUAAUCUUUAUUUCCUAAUACUGAGACUGUCGUGUUUUUGUUCUCCAUACAUAUAAAUAUUUCUAAUCAGAGUGGGAAGAAAUAAUUCUGAUAGCCACACAAUUUGGUUCAUCUGCAUUUUUCUAGCCAUUUUUUGUUAUUAAAUAGAUGGUUCUACAGGAAUUGGCAAUCUGUGUAGUAUCUGCAUGCUAUAUACUCAGUUCCUACUACCGUUGACUGGAAAUGAACCAAUAUGGUAAAAGGCUUCAAAAUACUGCAGAAAAAUUGUGCUCUGAAUAACAUGAGUAUUCAAUAGAAAUUCACCAUGGGACACUUUUGUUAAGAAAGCAGAAAUUCGCUCCUAAAAGGUGGCUUUUCAUAUGAAGUAUCAAUAUGAGUUAAAAUGUGUUCAACUUAUGUAUAGUAAGCAAUGAUAGCAAAUGAAACAAUAUAUUUAAUUCCAAUUGUGGAGUUUUAUUUCCUGUGGUCUUAUUGUACUUUUUGUUCUCUCUAUGAACUUAAUGUAAUUGAUCUCUCUUUUUUAUUAGUAGUCACUAUAUGGCAGGCACUGUAAUACUCUAAUAUUAUAUAAAUGGAAUCAGAAGCUAAAGAAGGAGAUGAAGAGAGCUUGCAAACAGCUUUCAAAAAGCUGAGAGUGGAUCCAGCUGGAUCAUCUCAAGCUGUGACUGAAGGAACGGGACUGAGAGCUCAAGUCCGAGCAGCUGGUGAUGGUGGAAGGCAUCAGACUAUCUGUUCAAGAGAGACUUGGCAUGGAUGUACAAGGAAACCCCUGAGAGGGGCAACAAGGCCACAGCGUCGCAGGCGUUCCAAAUCUCCAGUCCUGCAUCCUCCGAAGUUUACAUACUGCAGCAUGAAAUCAUCUUCAAGUAAUCAGCUGAAACACAAAAGCCAAAUAGAAGCUUCAAAGAACAAAAUCGGUCCAGACCCUGGUGUUACAGAAGAGCCAUACUUAGGAGGAAAGAGGUGCCCCCUCUUUGAAAGCAGCAGCUGCAGGAGAGUCAGAGGAGAAGAACAGAGCACUUUCACAAAUGAGCAGCCUUCAGAGAAUUUGGGAGGGAGUUGCCACGCUUUUUCUUUGACCUUUCAAACCAGCCUGGAUCCUAACCAACCUUCAGAUUUCCAUUCACUUUCCAAGCUGAGUUAUGGCAAGCAGUGCUCUUGUGUGGACAAAGAAUGUCGGUGCAAACCAUGGCAAGCAAUAGGCGCAUACUCCUUUUCUGGUUUGCGAAGUGUCCUGUCAGAAUGUGAAAAGGCAGUCCUGGAAGUGCGUUCACAAUCUUUGCCAAACCGCUCACCUUCUGGUACAGGUUCAUCUGGCUCUGCCCGGUCUUGUUCUGAGCAAGCUCGAGUGUUUGUGGAUGAUGUGACUAUUGAAGACCUUUCAGGGUACAUGGAGUAUUACUUAUAUAUUCCCAAGAAAAUGUCCCACAUGGCAGAGAUGAUGUACACUUGACAUGAGAAUCAUGACUUGGAAAUUCAGUGCAGGUAGUGAGAUACUCCCUCAGUGCCAUAGUUGGAAAUGUAUCUGUUGUCAUUGCUGUGUAUUUGAUCAAAUGUUUAUUUGCUCCAUACAGUGUAGUUUUUUAAAUAAAGAAAAAAAGAGACACUACCCCUCUGUCUUAAAAAUGCAUUACGUUACCUUCUACAUUUCAAAAACAUACUUGGGUAACGUCUUCUCCUCUGGCCAUUCUAAUGUUUUCAUUAAAUAGGUUUCUUAAAGCUAUUUUUUUUUAAAUAUUCUUUCUGAACUAGAACAUCAUUAAGGCUCAAACACUUGUGCUGAUUUACAUUAACAUUGCUGAUCAUAUUUUAGUUAGCUCACUUCUAAUGAGUGAUGUUGUGAUGCAUCCUUACAGCUGUUUUUAUGGGAGGUACAUGCUUUGAAUCCAAUCUUGAACCAGAAAACUAAAAAAUGAUAUGCAUAAGUAGUGAUGUGCAAACCCCCUCACAAUAACUUGGCUGAAACUCCUUUAAUAUCUUAGGAGUUUUUGUCUAGGGAGGACCCACCCUGCCUCAUACCAAUUUUUAAUUUGCUGUGGUCAGCAUUUCAGUGACAAGUUGGGCAUAAGCUUUUUUGGUGAACAGUUUCAUAAUCUGUCACUAUCUGUUCCAUUCCUCAGUUUUCUUGCAGAAGAAUGGCAUACCUCUACUUCAUAGAGGAAUGAAGCUUCGUAUUGACUGAUUUGAAAUCUUGUCCUGUACCUCCUUCCAGCCAUUUAUCCACUCUGCCUUCCUUAUCAGAGCCUUUUAUGCUCAUUUAAAAUUAUUCUUAUACUGAACUUGCGAGGGAGCCUGAAUACAGCAAAAGAACUGGUGUAGAUGCUGUCUUAAAACACCUUUUUGGGUAAGCAAGCACCUAAGAAUCUUCUAAUAAUUUUCCAAGUAGAUGGAUGUUUCCAAACUAUCUGAUACUUUAUACAAGGUCAGCUGCACAUGCUUCACAAAUUUAGCCUCUUUACCAUUGUGGUCUUGUAAGCCAUUUGCAGCUUGAGAGGUCUGCCUCCAUUUUCACUUCUAUAAGCACCUUCAAAAGUAGCAGAGUUAACACUCUUAAUUUAGAAAAUAAGGAAUUCAGGUUAAAUGUGUUGCACAAGCUUAAAAUUAGGCCAAAGGGAGAGCUGUGGCUAUAAUUCAUAUCUCUUUGGUAACUUCUUUUUUUAGGUGGAGGAUUGAUGCUAUUGUUAAUUAAAGUUUGUGUUCUUGCUAUUGAUUUGGAAGUUUGUUUCUGAAGUAGUACAGUUUAGCAGCCAGGUGUCCCACUGGAUAACCUACAUAGAAUGAGCAUCUACAACCAACUGUGUGCUUUCAUAUAGAAGAGCAAGUAGCUGCAGGGCAGAGAAUUAUUCUCAGUCUAGGGCUGGGGUAUACAAGCUUUCUGGCUCUGAGGAUUGUAUGUGAUGCUGACAUGGGGUUGUAGGCCUCACGUGUAUAUCACAUCUAAAAACACACACCUAUGUACAUGCACACAUCAGUGAUCCUGGUACAAAUCCUUCAUUUCCUGCAGAUCUGCAUAAAGAUUUCUGGGGGAAGGAGUAGAGUAUACUGGUGAGAAGAAUUUGGCAGAAGGCAGGGUCAGAACACCCUUUGUGGCUAUAGGAUGUUAACCCUGGCCUUCAAAGAAACCCGUUAUCUUUUUGUAGGCAUUUGAAGAAUCCAAUUUGAAUGAAAAAUGUGGAACAGCCUCCUAUUGUUCCUUUGAACUAAGGAAAGAUGCUAAUGGAAAAAUGAAAAGCAAUAAUUUGUGUAGGAACUUGUCACCCAAGUAGCACAAAAGUGAACUAGUAAGGAAAUACAGGGUGUGACAGAAAUACCUCCCACAUUUUAAAGGUUAAAAAAAGGAAAAUGAAACAACAUUUAUUAAAAAUCAAUUUCACUAUUGUUUAAACAAAGGGUUACAGUUUUUAUUCAUUUGGUUUUAAAAUUGGUUUUAAAAAUUACAUCCUCCAAAUGGUGGCCUCUAUUCACUAUACACUGUUAUAGACGAUUUUUGAAGUUUUCCAUUACUCGAAGAGUCAUUCCAGGUGGUAUUUCUGCAAUCUUUUGACGAAUAGCAUCCUUUAAUUCUUCAAUGAUACCUGGUCGAUGUUUGUUGACCUCUGUUUUCAAGUAACGCCAGAGAAAAAAAUCACGGGUUGAGAUCGGGCGAGUGUGCAGGCCAUUCAAUGUCACCGCGUAAGGAAAUCAAACGUCUUGGAAACAUUUCCCUCAGAGCUUCCAUUGAUGAUCUUGCUGUGUGCGCAGUGGCUCCAUCUUGCUGAAACCACACAUCCUGAUUGCGAAGGUCAUUUACUUUUGGUUCCAGAAAUUUCUGCAGCAUCUCCACGUACCGGUCAGAUGUUACUGUAACCGAGUGGUUUCUCUCCUCAAAAAAAUAGGGUCAGACAAUCCCAAGGCAGAAGCAUGUUUACGAGUUGAACGUGUAGGAGACUGAGUAACAGAAAGUCUCACAGCUUGAACACUUUCUGGAGUUCGAGCGCUUCGAGGUCUUCCAGGUGGCUUUCUUUUAAGUGCUGAACCUGUGGCUCUGAAAUUUGCAACCCAUAGCAGUAUUGUUUUUCUAUCCAAUACAGCAUUCCGACCUAACAUGUAAUGAGUUCAAAAAGUUCUCUGUGUUGCAAUUACAGAUUCACCAUUCUUCAAAAACGUUUCUACAGCAAAAGCACGCUGUGCACCAGUCCAAACCAUAUUGCUAGAUGUGGGUAUAUGAAAAAAAGGGAAGUCAUUAGCUAAAUGAAGACAUCAUUGGCACUUGCAUAAGUUCAUUAGCAACACAUAGGUGAAAGUUUAAAAUGUGGGAGGUAUUUUUGCCGCACCCUGUACUACAAGUUUGGUGUUCAUGGUUGACAUGCAUGUAGAUCACUUGAUUUUGCAAUAUUUUGUACACAAUUCCCCAGAAAACUAGCAUGUGCAUCCCAUUGAAAGAAGUGGAAACUGCUGAAAAGCAGGGGCAGUCACUGCAUUUUCAUUGAAAUUGGGCAGGAAAAAUUCCCUGUGGAUUGCACCCUUGCUGUCUUGUAGCCUAGUGUAUUGAUUGGUUCCAUUUUGGAGCAUUGUGAUGGUUGUGAGUGGUAUGAAAGCUUUAUCUCUGCUGGUUCAUUUACAUGUGUACUGUUUCAAGCUCUAGUCAAUAAGUGAUACAUCAGUGUACCAUCCCUUAGAUGUUGGUGUUGUAUUCUUGCACCUCAAAAAUGGGUGCAGACUUAAAUUUUGUGAAGGAUUUGAUUAGCUCAUCCCACAAAGUGGAGUAACUGGAAUGCCCAGCUCACAUUCUGUACACAUGAGUAGUCCUACCAAUUUGUUCUUUAGGACAGUGUCACGAAGUGCCUGCUCUAAAUGUAAUGUUGAGGGGAAAAAUGGGUCUAGCACUGUAGAUAUUCUUAUUUUGCACAGCUUCAGGAAGGAUUAAAUUACCUGUACUUGCUAAUAGUUGAAGCCAUUCUUAUUUUGAUUGCAGACUCCUGGGGUAAAAAUUGUCCCCAGAUAUGACUAGUAUCCCCUACAAUGUACAUAUAAAUCCCAAAACUAUGUACUCGCUGAAUCAUUGCUUUGAGAGCAAAUACGAUGUUGAAAUCAUGGUAUUCCAGAUCACUUUAAGAGGGUCUGAUUCUAGGCACAAUAAAAUGAAAAUAUACAGUGUUUUACAGAAAAGUUCA